AUGAUCUGGGCGCUCAUCCUUCUCGUCGGCGACGUCGGGAAUGCUGUCGGUACCGCCCUCUCGACGCUCCUGUGGCAAGAUCUUCUUCCGCAACGACUUUCCGCACGCCUCUCCUCGACCCUCUCGCCUGCAGAGGUCAAGGCGAUCUUCGAGUCGGCGGAGAAGGCGGCCGAGUACCCGCUCGGGUCGGCGGCGUCGGACGGGAUCGGCGCCGCAUACUCCGACGUCAUGCGCGUCCUCCUCUACGUCGCCCUCGGGCUCGCCGGGCUCUCGUUCGCCCUCUCGCUCGCCAUGGGCCCGGCGUGCGUCGCCGAGCGGGACGAUGCGGCGGCUGCGCCAGCUCCGGCCGCCUCGCUCGAGCACCGGCACGAGCGACGCAGCGUCGAGCGUGCCCUGGAGCGGCACAGCUCGGCGCGCUGCAAGAGGGAGAGGGCCGGCGGCGAGGAGGAGGCGAGGUACCUGCAGUGGGCGCGCGAGGCGGCGCACGAGUCGGAGAGCGAGUCAGACGGCGGGUCGGAAUGGAGCCAGGAGAAGGUGUAG